GCAAUUCAUACUCACCACAAUCCCGCACCGCACCGACCGUCGAACGCGCUCUCGACCACACACUCUCCAUCUAAUUGCCUACUUGAACCCUGCACAUCCCACACACCCGCAAUCAAUACCCCAAUACCAAUACCAAUUUCCUCCGAUCCUCCCCAUACGACACGCACAUCCGCAUAUCCACACCCUACGACUAACUCCCCUGCCUCCCCAUUUCCAGCAAGUGGUCCGAUCCGAGGAGAAGCCAGGUCCCCGAGAGCGCGAGGUCGGGCGCCGGACCUUCGUCUCAGUCCCAGUCGCAGGCGUCGUCCUCGUCCUCCUCGUCGUCGAUGCGUCAACCUCCCGCGCUUGCCCCUGAACCGCUACCCGCCCUUCCCGUCGUCAGCGACUUUCGGACUUCACUCAUCUUACCAGAUCUUUCCCGUCGAUUCACCCUCCUCCGUUCCUCAACCGGCGAUCCCGUCUCCGUCGACGACCUCCGCUCCAAAUUCGCCGAACAACGCGCCCGAGGCUCCGACAUCCAAGUCUCGGAAGAAGAAGAAGACAUGAUCCUCGACACGCUCAACCGUCUCCGCGUCAAAUCGUCCACCUCCACCACCUCCACCUCCCACACCUCCACCACCAACACUUACUCCAACAUGAACACCGAUACGGACGACAGGGGCGGAGACUCGGGAUACGCACCCGGCCGGGAUUCGUCCGUGCAGAGCUCGCCUGCGAGCGGACAUAGCCAGAGCAGUAAACGAUACAGUAAUAAUUUGUUUGGGAGCGGACGGUUGAAGGAUUAUAGUUAUUAUCGGAGCGUGACGGCUUCGCAGCCGAGACAGAGAAGAGGGAGUGCGAGGAGUGGGAUCUCGACGGUUUCGGAGGGGGUGAGCAGUGAUGGGACUACCAGUGGUGGUGGUGGUGGUGGUGGUGGUGGUGGUGGUGUAAAUAGGGCGGUCACACCGGAGGGGGGAAAUGCGCAAGGAGAGUUAUCGUCGUUGGAGGGGCCGGGGAAUAGCAAUAGCAAUAGGUCUGCGGGGGUGGGAUCGUCGAUGGCUUCUUUGGACGAGUCGCAGGAGGAAGAGGAGAGUGUUAGGCCUGCGAAGGGGAUGCAUAGGGGUGACUAUUUGAGGAGGGCGUCGAGGGCUUUGGAGGAGGCGAUCAGAGAGAUCGAGGAAGAUGUGGAGGGCGAAGCGGAGGCGGAGGAAGAAGAACACGAACAAGUGGAAGAAGAAGAGGAUCCGGACGGGGACAGGGACGAUCAGGUUUUAGUGCCCCGUUCGCCCGUCGGCGGCGUGAACAAGCACCACGAUGCGUUCGAGAGCCUUUCACAUGAACUGGACCGCACGCCGAAAAAUAUCGCGUCUGCUAUUUCGGCGGAAUACGAAACGGGCACAGCCCUCUCGUACGAUCAUCAUCAUCAUCACAUUCCCACAUCCUCGUCCCCGAGCAACUGCAACAACGCUAGCAGCAAUAACACUAACACUAACAAUGUCGGCGGCGGCAGUAGCAGCCAUCGUGCUUCCUCCCCAUGGUCCCGCUCGCCCACCGUGUCUCCGACGCCGAGAUUACCUGGUUAUAUACCGGGCAUGCCACGGCCCAUGACCCCUCGCGACUUUGGGAUGGAUUCGGACGAUCAGUCGACUACGCCGCGCGCUACGUCCCCUCGUCUUCCUGACCACCGGGCCUCUCCUGGUAUCUCGCUGCCAAAUUUAGCUUCGAACCUCCACAAACGCGAUUCUUCGAGUCGCACGGGCUCCCCGCUUGCCGCCACCGCCACCGUCACCGCCACUGGUGCUCAUUCUCAGUUUAUCACACGCUCGUUCAAGGCGAAUGGGACUUCUUCGACCUACUCCAACGUCAACGCCAGUGCGGAACAGAGGGAUCGGAGCUCGCCGGUGGAGGAUAGGGACCGCGAAAGGUUCAGUGGGGAUGUGGACACGGACGAUUCAUACCUCGACUUUGGGACCCCUCAGGAAUCUUCGAUUUUGGGUGGUCGUCGUCGUCCAGCGUCACCUCUCACUGGCCUCGCAUACCAAGCCAUGUCAGUCCCUUCGCGCCCGAGCACACCCUCCAGCAUCACCUGGCGGUCGUCCUCCAACGCCGCCAGUCCGCAGAAGGCCACAUUCGCUGCCGGGCACAACAAGAACAAUUCCUCGCUCAGCUCGUCUUCCGGCGAUUGGCAGGAUCAGUCGGGUUCUGGUUCUGGUUCGCGCACACCGGAGAGAAGGGGAAGUUUGUCGAGACAGAGUCAUGCGCGGAACGAUAGCAUGACGAGCACGAAUGACGUCCACGACCCCGCGGGCAUGUCACGCUCGAAAUCAGCGCUCUCGACCUCUCGCUCCUUACGCUCUCCUGCCCUGCCCGACUCGCCACUCCUAGACGGACAGGACACGCCCAAUUUGUUCGGGAUGGCGAUGUCGCCCACGGGGCGGAUCGUGCCAGAAAGUCAUAGUCAUAGUCGGUCGCCGUCAGCGAUGUCGUUGGCCGACCUCGGUCCGCCGGCUUCUGCGGUUUCGGUCUCGGUGUCGAGUCGGGGUUUGAGGUCGCCUACGCCGACGGGCUCGUCUGCUUGGUCUCCUACGUCCACCACGUUCCCCGAAGGACGGAUGUCGCCCAACAACAACAAUAACAACAACAACUCCAGCACAAACACGCACCACCCCCGCGCGUCGUCCAAACAGAGCUUCACGUCUCCCUUCUCCCUCGGCCAGUCCCACCCGCUCCUGCUCUCACCUACGGGCAACUCUUCGAGAUCAUCGCUCGAGUCUGCGGGCUCGAGCUAUCAUUCGUGGGACGAGGCGCAUAAGCAUGAUCGGACGAUCGCGAUGUUCGCCGCGCUCGAGUCGUCGACGCAGCCCGUCUGGCAUGAUCUCUCGUCCAGCACCGAUAAGUCGUCUUCGUCCACUGCGGGCGGUAUCGGUGUGGGUGCGGGCAUGGGUGAGGCGGAGGAGGUGUUGCAGAGCGUCGCGGGGCUGACGAAGGCGGAUUUGGUGGCGGUGCAGGAGAGGUUGAUCGUGGCUGCGAGGGCGAGGGCGGAGGCGCCGAUGGAUGUGGCGAGGGAGAGGAGGGAGUCGUUGAAGAGGAGGAGGCCGUCGACUUCGCAGUCUACGUAUUCUCAGAAUGGGAAUGGGAGGGAUAGUAGGGCUGCGGAUCCUAUUCCUCCGAGUCAAUCGCAAUCCACCUCUCAAUCGCAAUCGCAAUCGCAAUCUCAACCUCAAUCUCAACAUCAACAUCAGGCUCAAGUCCAGUCUAUACCCGCUCCGGACCAUGUGCAGAAGGCGCUCCUCGAGUCCGUUCUGCAUAGUAUAGAUGCCUCUCCCCGUGGUCGCGUUACGCCUAUCACAGUGCCUACCCAACCUCAGUCUAAGCCCGACACGGCAGAAGACACUCCGGUCAAUUCGCCGACGGAUACGCAGCUUUCUAGCCCGACUAGGAGGCGUAGGGCAUUGGCGGACGCUCUAUUCGGAGGAACUGAAUUGGUGUCCACCACUCCGUCCCCUGUGCCCCGUCUUGCUUUCGACGACGACGACGAUGUCAAAGAGCCAGGUACACCACAUGACGAUGGUGAUCAUCCAGACGCCUUCAUGGCUCACUCUCCUGAACCAAUCGCAGAUGAUACAGUCCCUCAACCCAGCUCACCGGCACCUCCCAGCCCUCGUAUCAUCACACCCGCUCCCGACCAACCUUUCGUGACCAAAAGCCAGCUCGAGCAAGAUGUCCUUCGCCGGACCGAAGCCGCGAUGGCUCAGCUCAAGCCCACGUCCUCCUCCAAUCUCAGAGUGAACGAGAUCUCUGGCGGUACGCAUCGGAGGCAGAAGAUCAAUCCUCACCAGAUAUCCAGCCCCACGCUCGUUUCUGCGUCUACGAGCGUCGAUACCAUCCCUCUGCGCGCGACUUCCGUUACCUCCUCCGCCAACGUCGCCCACUCUCAUCCUCAUCCCCAUUCUCAGCCUCAUGCUCCCCAGAAUACUUCCAAAUUGGGUUCCCGCUUUAAGCGCCUAAGGGGCACGUUACGCUCGAAGCCGGGCGAAGAGACGCCCUAUGCUUCCGACGCGGGCUCGCCACAUUCCGCAGGCCCUCAGUCGCACUCUCAGUAUCCACGCUUCGGGUCUGCGACUUUACAUCCUUCGGCCGUUCAAUCGGUCAUGAGCGCUACCGAGGCGGGUGGGUUCAGGGUCCCCUUGCCCAGUCCGCCAGCCUCAGCUGGACCAGGUUUGAAGGGCUUCAUGGCCAGGUUCCGUAGGCCACGCACGGCAGAGGGGAUGAACGAACCCUCUAGCGGCGCCGAACAUCGGAAGCCACCGCUAUCGUCGUCCACGUCGGCGCCUAUCGCUCAUACCAUGCAGACCCUACAAGCUCAGUCACACCACACCCGUGCAUUCACGGAGGAGGUACGAUCUGCCCCUGCGGACAACGUCACCUUCCACGGAUUUGGGUCAUUUUCGUCUACACCGUCAUCCCCUAACGCUCCGUCUCAUUCGCAUUCAAACUCGCAUUCCGAACCGUUCUUCGAUCGCGAGGUUUCUCCUCAGCCUGCAUCAUCUGCCUCGGCCUCUCCGUCUGCGUCUGCAGACCAAGCCGCUUUGAAGCAGUUGUUCGACGCCGCUUCGAAUCUCGGUCUCGAUCAGGGUGCCCUCAACGACUUGCUAGCCCGUUCCGGUUCCAUCUCGUCAAAGGCCAAAUCUAACGUCUCGAAGCACGCAUCCGCCGCGCCAAGUCACAAAAGCGGACGGACGGAAGUGUCCUGGCUCGAGCGUUCUCGCUCCCCCAUGACGCUCUCCGAGGGCCGGCCAAGCUUGGACCAACAGCUGCACAACCAGCAGCACCCACGCCCUCCAACGCCCUCCUCGCCGAAACCCACCUCGACUUCGGACGCCGUGCGAAAGCUCUCCAUCCGGAAAGCCACUGCUCGCCCGGCUCGUGAGACGGCCGGCAGUGCAAACAAUGCGUCCUCCUCCAUAGACGCGGAUAGGACCGUGCUUCGGAGAACCUUGAUCUUCCCCUCGGAGUCAAGGCAGUCGACGGCAGACGUUGGCUCUCUUUUCCCCAAGAGCACGACUUCUUCGUCACGCCGUCGGCGUUCUGCGAGCGCUGCCUCCGUUCACUCGCAGCGGUCCAUACACGAUCGGGCACCUACGCCCCCUCCGCCCAAGUCUCCGACCGGUCGUCGGUUCUCGACUGAUACGACGCCGCCUAUGCCGUCAUUACCUAGUGCGCUGAGGGCGCAAGUCGAACAACACAACAUACCCGUUCCACCAUUACCCACUGCGUUGGAGCAGUCUAAUUCGGCGUAUGAUUCUUUAUAUGAAUUUUAUGCUACCGACGGAAAACCUGCGAUCGCUGUCUCUGGCGAACCCAAAGCGGACGUUGAGGACCCGGCGUCUAACACAGAUGGCCGUGCCGUCGAGGUUCUCGAGCUGGCUAACGGUGAGACAAUAUGGUCCAUCGUGAAUGGGCUCCGCGACGAUGAUGCCGAGUCACUGUACAUGAACAGGGCUAGCUUCGUUUCGGACUACUCUUACCGUGAUCCUGGCGAGGGAGUUCAAUUGUUCAUCAAAGAACAUGCGAGAAAAGGUUCAAAGGACAGCACGAGUUCGUUCCUCUCUCGAAGGAAGACACAGCAGCAGGCUCCACGACGACCGGAGACCAAGGUGUUUUUCAGCUCCUCGCAACAGAUAGGGCGUCUCAUCGACAACCUUUCGUCGGGGAUGGAGGCUGGUUCUUUCAAUAUCGUGCCCACAGCUCCUGCACCCAACUCGUCCUCCUACCAUUCUGAGUCGGAUGUCCAUUGGACCGUGGAAGAACGGCUCGAACAUAUGCUCGGCAGUAUGAGCACGACUUGAUCGCUUUUCUCGUCACUUCUCUAUUAAUGUGAUGUGCUUUCACCUUCUGAUUAUGGACAUGGACUCUUUGACUCGUCCGAGCUACUUUGUUUUUCCGAUGCUUUGUUUUCUAUGCACCGAUCUGGGCUUCUUUAUUCUCCCCCUUGCUUCUCCUUCUUCAUCUCUCUAUCGUCUUCUUGCUUUCCGCUGCAAAAUUCACACCCACUGCAUACCCUAUGUUCUCGUUAUUAUGUACAUAAAUAAUUAAGGUUCCACAAACCGAUACCUUCUUUGCCAUCUCCAUUCUACCGUCCCUAUCCGGCCUCCUCAGAAAAGCAACACGCACACACAUCCAUUCUAGGCCCACCCGCGAACCCUGCUCGAAACUGCCACUAGCUAUAGUAUAGAACCCAGGAGCUUCGCUCCGACGAUUAUAUCGUCACACCUCAUAAUCCCAUCUUGUCCACCCAUCUGUUUAUAGUGAGCGCCACGACUGCGUCGAUGAACAACGGAAGAUGAGCGAAUGUGAAGUUGAGGCUCGCGAAUGGCAAAGGCAUGUUCAAGUUGUGGAGCGUCGUCGAACGUUCAUUGUCCGGCCGAUAGUAGCCGAGCAGCUGCUGUCCAGGGAAGGUGUAGAGAUCGUAACUCUCGGUGCCGGUCCUUCGCCACAUGUAACGCUGCUGGGUGUUUCCUGACACGAAUUGUCGGUCGUUGGGAUUAUGCUCCAGGAUGUAGAACUCCUUCAUGUGGAACUGCCUUCCAUCGAUGGUGGCCGUUCCCUGGAGGUUCCGGCCAGCCCAAUCCAGCGUAGCCACGGGAACCCCGGUCGCCCCAUGACCUCGAUAGAACGUCGUCUUCGCGCCAUUGAUCCCCUCAAUUAUCGUUUCGACGAAGAUUCCCCAUGUUGGUUGGUUGCAGAGGACGAUGACACCGUGCCUAGGGUCGUUGGCGUUGCCCGUGAAGUGCGCCACGUAGUUGGAAUUUAC